GGGCUCCUCUGCCCCCCCACGCGCACUGCCACAUUGACAUGGCGGAAUCCCGCAGUGGGUCCGCAGUGGACGGAGUCGCGCGGGGAUGAAUAUUAUUUCACUUUCAGUCGCUCAGGACUAAAGCGCGCGAGGAGCACAGAGGUUCACUGAAGUUCAACGCUUGUGCAGGGGAAGGCUCCAUGAAUGUACGUCACCAUGAUGAUGACGGAUCAGAUGCUGGAGCUCCCGCCGCUGCUGAACGGCGAGGUUCCCAUGAUGCACCACAUGAUUAAUGGAGACGCACAGCAGCAGGUGAUCCUGGUCCAGGUAAACCCUGGAGAGACCUUCACCAUCCGCAGAGAGGACGGGACGCUGCAGUGCAUCCAAGGUCCUGCUGAAGUUCCCAUGAUGUCACCGAACGGCUCCAUCCCACCCAUUCACGUGCCCCCAGGAUACAUCUCCCAGGUUCUGGAAGAUAACACAGGGGUCCGGCGGGUCGUGGUCACCCCUCACUCUGAUUGUUAUCCUCCCAGUUAUUCCCCCGCUCUCUCACCAACCCACCACCUGCCCCCACCAUAUAUGACACACCCCCACUUCAUCCCCGCCUCUCAUACCGCAUACUACCCCCCUGCCAGCCCCGGAGACGUCCCCCCACACCAGUACUACCAACAUCGCUUGCCCCCAAUCUACCCAGAGGAGAUAUUUCCCCUGUACAACAUGUCGACGAUCCUGAGCCGGGAGGAAUACUGCAAACCGCAGCCCAAAAAGCCUAAGGAGCGCAGCAGCGAGCGGCCCAGCCUGUCUCGGGUCAGCACCCCGCCAUCAUCCAGCUACAAAAGUGGCCCAGCCUGCAGCACCACGCCCAACGGAUACAGCAAGAACCACGGCACCCCGGCCUCAGGGGCAGGGGCAGGGGCUGGAGGAGCAGGAGGAAGUCCUGGAAACAAGCGAGCAGAGAGAAGGACCAGAGGAAGUCCGAAACAAUCAGACAGCGACCCUCAAGAUCCUGAGCUGGAGGCCAGAAGAGACCAGGACAUACCAUCAGGAAUGGAAAAGCCUCAGGUCUUGAAGAUCCAAGCUCGCUCAGCGUUGGUGUCGUGGUCUCGAGCUCCUGCAGCUCGAGGGCAAUCUGAUGGAGCUUCAGUGUCCUGCAGUUACGAGCUGCUCCUCGCUGAUAAAGGCUGUGAUGGAAAAUACAGAGUGGUGUACAGUGGUGAAGAGCUGCAGUACACACUCACUGACCUGAGACCAGCCACGGACUACCACGUGAGGGUGAGUGCAGUGUGUAACUCUGUAAAAGUUCCUCAUUCAGAGGCAAGGACCUUCACCACCCACAGCGCCCCCCCUGAUACCCCUCUGCCCCCGACGUCCCACCGCACCAAGAGCUCACUGACUCUGCAAUGGAAGCCUCCUGUAGAUAACGGCUCAAAAAUCACCAGCUACGUCUUGGAGUGGGACGAGGGGAAGAAGAACAGUGUGUUUCGAGAGUGUUAUUUUGGACACCAGCGGCAUUUUAAAGUCAUGAGACUGUGUCCUGCUGUCGGAUACACCUUCCGCGUGGCAGCACUUAAUGACAUCGGGUCCAGUGGUUUCAGCUCUGAGGUGGUUUUCCACACCACAGGAAGUCUCCCUCAGAUGCCUUUAGCUCCUCGGCUGCUGCAGAGCGGAGCGUCCUGGGUGGGGCUGGAGUGGAGCCGCCCGAGCAGCUACGGGCCGGACGAGGCGCUCACGUACACACUCGAAAUGCAGGACGAGACCAAGGGGGCGGAGUUCCAGUCUGUGUACACCGGUGUGGAUCUGAGCAGCAGAGUGGAGGGACUAAGCAGAAACACACAGUACAGGUUCAGGCUUACAACCUGCAGUGCGGAGUGGAGAAGUUCCCCCAGCUCCAUCCUGGUGUGUAGGACGAGUGUAGAUAAACCUGGCCCCCCCAUGAACCCCACGGUCACCACCAUCACCUCACACACCUUCUGUGUGUCCUGGGAACCUCCGCAGGAUGAUGGAGGAAGUGGAGAUCUCUCAUACCUGCUGGAGAUAUCUGAGGAGACUUCAGGAGCUGUGGCUCAGUGGGUGGUUGUGUAUCGCGGACCGCAGAGGGAACACGUGUGUGAUGAUCUGAAAGCAGCGACUCGGUACUCGGUGCGUGUCAGCAGUGAGAGUGCGGGGGGCCACAGCUUGAACACAGACAGUCUGGUGGUCUGCACUCUCAGUCUCCCCCCAGGUCCCUGUAACACCCUCAGUGUACACGGCAGUGUCAAACACCGUGAGGUCAGAUUACAGUGGGAAGUUCCUGUGUGUGUUGUGGAGGAUGAAGUUCUGCUCUACAGUGUGGAGAUGAUCACCUCGGAGGAGGAUGCUCAAGUCACUGAGGUGUAUAAGGGCUCACACACAGAGUGCAUUGUGGGUAAUCUGCAGCCUGGUGCCUCCUAUGGGUUCAGAGUGCGAGCCACCAACGAGGCCGGGUUCGGUCCGUUUUCCGACAUCCUGGAGGUGACGACUGCAGCAGGACCCCCGGGACAGUGUGGAGCUCCGGUCAUCUCUCUGACAUCGCACUCCUGUGCAGUGGUCAGCUGGGUGACGGACGAGAGCUCAGGCGCAGACAUCACAGGCUACCGGCUGGACUGGGGACACGAGGAGGAGUCUCUGGAACAGGUUUACAGCGGCACAGAAACUUCCUGCCAAAUGUCACAGCUGGAGGCUGCAGUGAGUUACUGCUGUAGGAUACAGGCGAUUAACCAGGUAGGGGCGGGGCCUUAUAGCGAGCUGGCGUGGUGUCGUACUCCAGCCGUCGCCCCCAAUGCAGUCAGCAGUCUGUACGUACAGGACGGCUUCAUCUCCUCCCCGGACAUGGAGCCGUUCUGCCCCUCCACCUGCCUAGCCUUGGUGUGGGACGAGCCAAACUGCAACGGCCAGGAGAUCACCGGCUACACCCUCAUGCUGGGGGAGGAGCUUAUCACGGUGGGCGUGGCUACCUGCACUGUCGUCAGGAAUCUCCAACCUGAUACAGAGUACAGUGUACAGCUAAGGGCGGAGAAUGCGGUCGGCGCAGGACCAUUCGGACCAAGUCUCCUGGUAAGAACCCGGCCAUUGCCCCCAAACCCUCCGAGACUGGAGUGUGGCAGCGCCGGACCUCAGAGUCUGAAACUGCGCUGGGGAGACAGCAACAAGAGUCCAAACCCCGACACAGACACCACCUACAUUCUGCAGAUGGAGGACAGGAACCAGAGGUACACACACACACACACACACACACACACACACACACACACACUAGCAUAUAGUUCGUGUCCGUGUCCGUGUGUCUGCACGUGUGUGCGUGUUCGUGUGUGUGUGUGUGUUUGUGUGUGUGUGUGUGCGCGUGUGUGCGUGUGUGUGUUCCUCCCUGCAGCUCCUCGUGUGUCCCAGCUGGAGGGGAACGCGUGUGAGGUGAGCUGGGAGAACGUCCCACCCAUGAGAGGAGAUCGGAUCACUUACGUGCUCCAGGUUCUGGGUGGGAGAGAGUCAGAGUACCGACAGGUGUAUAAGGGUGAGGACACGGUCUUCCAGCUGUUCGGGCUGCAGUGGAACACGGACUACCGUCUGCGCGUGUUUGUGUGCAGACGUUGUGCAGACACCACGCAGGAGCUGUGUGGAUCCUUCAGCCCGUCCACUCACUUCUGUCCUCGCCGCGCCGUCUCGUCUCUCAGCGUGGACACGGGAUCCGUCCCCACGUCCUCCUCCAAAAAGCUCACAGACGAACAGUUUGCCAGCAUCAUAGUAGUGGGCGUGGCCUCGCUCUCCAUCUUCAUCGCGUACCUGCUGCAGCUCCUCAUAUGAGACAUGAAACCGCGAGACUCAAAUCCUUCAUCGUUUUUAUAUUCACUUCCUGCUUGUGUUUUUUUUUUGACUGAUGCUUUUUAUGUUAAAACCUUUUCUUUUUUGCACAGAUUUUUAAACUACAAACUUUACGUAAAAAAAAAAAAAAGAAAGUAUUUUUAUACGUCUGCCAAAAAAAACAUUUCUAGGCCCCUGAAUGGUUUCAUAUUAAACGUUAAAAUUAUUUCAUAUUUUUAUACUUUUUAUAGAGUGUUUACGUUAUACAGCUUUAACCCGCCGCCAUGGCGACGCCGUGGUUUUAUUAGCCACAUGCUAACUCGGUUAGCUUCCACCUGAACACUAAAGCAGUAGUUAAAUGAUUAGAGGAGUAUUAAACUCAGAGAGAGGGAGGAGAGAGGGAUACACUACAGGUACAGGUGCCAAUCAGAUCUCUUUACUGAUUAAUCAUCGUUACUGACACGAGUGGAAAAGGGAAAGCAGAUUAUUAUUAUUAUUAUUAUUAUAUUCAUGUUUUUAAUUUGAUUAUAAUUAUCACAAGGUCCUUACAGAAGCAGCCUACUGAUGGCCAAAGACUUUAUUUUCUUCUCUCCAGCAUCAUAACAGCGAUGUGAAGUGUGGAACGUCUGAAGCUCAGGGACCGAAGCGCCCGAUUUGUGUUCAGCACCGGUGCGAACCGGUUCCUCCUGAGCACAAAGACAUGUUGAAAUUCCCAUUUUCCUCUUUUUCUUUUCUCGUAGCAUUUAACGUGUUUAUCUGAGACUUUAAUGCAGUAAGAAACGUUUACUAGAUCAAUCAGACCUUAACCAAAGUUAGCCUGAGCGCUAGCUUGUUAGGUUUAUUUAUACUAUAUAUUGCAUACAGUACUUUAUAAUGCAAAUCACAGUGCAAUCUUUUGUUUAUUUAUUUCUUUUAAAAAAAAUCAAAUGAACUGUCAUAUUCAAUAUUUUCCUUAUGUAGCAUGUCUUUUUUGGUUAUGAUGAUUUUUUUUUUUUUUUUAAUAUUGAGCAAUAAUCUUUAAUAUUAACCUUUUUUUUUUCUCAGAUAUUUGUACUGAUCUGAUCUUUUGUACUUGAGUUUGUGUCCAAUUUCAUUCACCGAUUUCUUUCCUUCAGCUUCUCGUUUCUCUGAUCAGCAAGUUAAAGCCAACAUUUGUCUUAAUAUAGAGUAUAUAUAUAUAUAUAUAUAUAUAUUUGUAUUUCCAUUUUUUCUCUUUUUUAUAUGGAUUCAGUCUCCACCGCUCGUGCAUUACGGACUUCCAACAUUCCAGUACACGUUUCUUUUUGCGAGCAGGUGCGACGUGAUGGUGCAGUGAUGAUCACAAACAGACUUAAAACUUGAAGUGGAAACACUUGAACACUUUUCAUUUCAACUGAGUUUUUGGCCCAAAACAUCCAAACACUCAAUUUUAUGACAAAACAAUGAACAUGUUUGAAGUUUUUCAGGUCAAUAAUUUAAAGUUUUUAUAACAUGAUGAUAAAAAACCCCAUCAGAGACCACAGGAGUCAUUCUGCUCUGUCCCAAUUAUAAUUAUGUCACAUUUAUUGUUGUAAAUUAUAAUCAUAGGCAUUAUAAAAAUCCCCACCAUAUCAGUUUAAUGUAUAGAGUUGAAGUCAUACCCUUUGUAUUUAAGAUGAUUAUGUAUCUGUAGCAUAUAUGUAAUAUAUUUAUACACAAUAAAUUUUAAACAUUUCUGGAUAUGAAUUCA